AUGUCCUCUCGCGACAAGACUCCCCCUAAGGCGACCGGUCCACAAUCGAUACCUCUCCGAGAUCUCUCGAGACCACCCGAUAGCGGUUCAGAUGAAAAUGAUAUUUCAAUAGGCGCAGUAUCAGGUCACCAGUCACGGCACAGUCGCACUAGGUCCUUACUGAUCGGACGUCGGACUCCCAAUUACGCGCGACUGAAUGAUGAAGAGUCACCGGCAAGAGGAGGGCCUUCUUCUGAGACUGUUGGAAUUUCUAUACGAGGAGGAAGCGGUAGGGAAUCGCCGAUUGAAGAUGUGGGCGGAUUUGCAGCGGCGACGGUGGGACUGGACCUUCAGCUACCUUCAACACCACCCAGUGUCGGAUUACGACGACCGAGCAUUAUUACUACGCCUGCUGAUGGGGACUUUCAUGAUGUGGAAAGUCCCUUCUCGCCUCCAGACUCCGAUACUACUCCCCUGACUUCUUCACGCCGCGUGCCAUCUUCUCUCAAGACAUCUAGCUCGGUAUCCAGAGGCCAGAGGCAUGACAGACAAGGGAAAAGGUCCAGCGUUCACUGGACGGAUGGCGAAUCCCCUGCAGCGGCUCGCGGACGAACUUCGCGUCUCGGAGACGAUCUGCCAACGCUCGAUACAAACGCUGGAAUGCAUCGCAAGCUGAGUACAACGAGUGGGAUCAGCCGUCUCUCUGUAGGGCAGGGCGAAGCUGGCGAAAGAUCGAGGUCUCUGUCGCCAUCUCCCUCGCCAAUGGCGAGGGCGAACUCCAUGUUGCGAGAGAUUUCACAACGUGUGGUUAACCUGAGUAAUGAUUCGGACAUGGUCGAGCAGAGUAUCCGACGCAAAUCGUCUAUACGACAGAGGCGUCCAAGUGCUUCAGCUCAUCCCUUGGAUAUUGUUGGAGACGAAGAAGGAGCACAACCGCAGCAAACUCCCCUCGAGAAAGUUCCGUCAUCUGACGUUGUCACCGAACCCUUUACUCCGAUAGUCCCAUUUCAUCACCCGAACCCUCUUGUUGGCAAAACCUGGGGGAUUUUUGGACCGGAGAACCCUCUUCGCAAGUGGCUCUGUGAAAUCCUCGUCCAUCCACUGACCGAACCCACAAUCUUGGCUCUGAUUGUCGCUCAGACGGUCUUACUGGCUGUCAAUGCGGCGUCUGAUGCUGUUUACUUGCAGACUCGGACGAAGCGAUGGGGAAGCACAGGGUUUGAUUAUGCUAUCUUCGCGCUAUUUGUGGUAUACACCUUGGAACUCAUUGCCCGUACCAUUGUGUCUGGGUUCGUCUCGAACCCCGUGGAGUUCAGCACGAUAAAUCGGUCUAUCGGCUUCAAAAAAGCUGUUCUUCAAAAGGCUCACACUCUGUUCGCCCCCCAGGAAGCUCGAGAGACACCCAUGAUGGUCAACGACGUACCAACGCAGCCAUCGAUUGUUCGAACCUUCACCGGAGUCCCUCCUCCUGGGGAGGCUGGGGGGCCUGGCCAUACGAAGCAGCAGCAAAGGAUACGUUUGGCCCGCCGGGCUUUUCUGCGACAUUCCUUCAACCGACUGGACUUCGUUGCCGUUGUUUCCUAUUGGAUCUCUUUCGCAAUGCAGCUCAGCGGCGUCGAAAACUCGAGUCACGUUUAUGUCUUCAACAUGCUCAGCUGCCUCCGAAUUCUGCGUCUCCUGGGUCUCACCGCUGGAACUUCAAUCAUCCUGCGAAGUUUAAAGAAGGCAGCUCCUCUUCUAGUUCAUGUGGCCUUUCUCAUAGGCUUCUUUUGGCUGAUCUUUGGUAUCAUUGGCGUGCAGAGCUUCAAAUCGAGCCUGCGACGUACCUGUGUCUGGGUAGGGGACGACGGUUCCGGUCAAAACUACACCCUCAACAUCGCGCCCGACAACAUCCAAUUUUGCGGAGGCUACCUAGAUGCUGUAACGGGAAAGGCGAUGCCAUGGCUCAAAGCUGAUGGCUCAAAUGGAACAGACAGCUCCAAAGGAUAUAUAUGCCCUCAAGGCUCGUUAUGCGUCGAGGGGUUCAGUGGCCCAUACAACGGUACAGUCAGUUUCGACAAUAUAGGCCAGUCGCUGGAGCUCGUCUUCGUGAUAAUCAGUUCAAACACAUUUUCCGACCUCCUCUACUAUCUGACGGACUCCGAUUACCUUGCCGCAGCACUUUUCUUUGCAGCCGGCAUUGUCGUUCUGAGCUUGUGGCUCGUCAACUUGUUGGUCGCUGUCAUCACCUCUUCAUUCCAGAUCAUCAGAGAAGAGAGCAAGCAAAGCGCAUUUACAGCUGACAAAAUCGACGGGCCUGUUUUCGAUGAUGAUCAAAUGCAGAAAAGGAGCCAGUUGAAGAAAAUAUACGACAAAACCCAUCUCUUUUGGGUUCUCAUCAUCGUAUUCGACCUGGUGGUCCAGAGUCUGCGAAGUGCAAGCAUGAGUGACAGCCGCGAGACUUUUAUCAUGGACACUGAAACGGUCGUCACGUUCCUCCUGCUUCUGGAGAUAAUCUUGCGCUUCCUUUGCGAUUGGAGACAUUUUUUCCACGGAAAAAGGAACUGUGUUGAUCUUUUGCUCGCCAUUGUCACCACAAUCAUGCAAAUUCCAGCAAUCCGCAACUCGGGUCAGCCAUACGCAUGGCUCUCGGCAUUUCAAAUUGCGCGUAUCUAUCGAGUCGUCCUCGUAGUUAGGGUCACAAGAGAACUGGUCAUGGUUGUAUUUGGCAACAUUGUCGGUCUUUUGAACUUGAUCUUGUUUGUAUUCCUGUUCACCUUCCUGGCCGCCAUUCUUGCCUCGCAACUAUUCAGGGGGGACAUUCCACCAGCAGAUGCCGGGGGUGUCGUGAUUGGCGUGACGUUCUUCGACAUCUGGAACUCCUUCCUGGGAAUGUACCAAGUGUUUUCGAGCGAGAAUUGGACUACUCUGAUGUACAAUGCCACCCAGUUCAACGACAUCUGGGAUACAGCGUGGCUAAGUGCGAUAUUUUUCAUCCUUUGGUUUGUCGUCUCAAACUUAAUUGUGCUGAAUAUGUUUAUUGCUGUCAUCCAAGAAAGUUUCGACGUGUCUGAGGAUGAGAAACGUCUACAACAGGUGAAGGCAUUUUUGAAGCAAAAGGAAAUGGCCGGUGCAGCUUCUGGGAACCUCACACUCGCUGCAGUCUUCAAGAUGGGGCGGGAAUCAAUCAGACACCGGGACGCUCUCGAAUAUGGCUCUGCAACCGUCGAACAGCUCCUCAAGGAGGCAGUCGUGAAGGACUUCCUGGACGAACAAGAUGCCGGCCUUGCACGGAGGACCACAUCCAUGCACAUCGAUGAAACACCGACUGUCAAACCUGGUAUUCUGUCCAAAUACUGGGCCAAGCUCACUGGUUUCUAUGGAUCAGCAGAACCAAACCCAUUCUACUCUAGUGCAAAAAUCACUCGCGCAAACGAGGAAUUUGAUCCAAGAGCUAUGGCUAAAAGGGUAGUCAUGACAACUGAGAACCGUCGCCGUGCUCAGCGCCAAUAUUUGCAAAAGCACCCCAAGUAUAACGUGUCCCUAUACAUCUUCAAGCCAGAUAACCCGUUGAGAAAGCUGUGCCAAUACGUCGUCGGUCCUGGCCGAGGAACUGAGCGAGUGGAGGGCGUAUCGCCUUACAGACCUGCUUGGUAUGCCUUCUCCGCCUUCACAUAUGCUGCUAUCGUCGCAAUGGUCAUAUUAGCAUGCAUCACUACGCCCUUGUAUCAACGCAAUUACUACUUGAACAAUACACUGAGCAUCACAAACUGGUUCGUGUGGACCGACUUGGGUUUCGCGAUACUCUUCACGGUCGAAGCGAUCAUCAAAGUCAUUGCGGACGGUCUCUUCUUUACGCCCCAUGCCUACUUUCGAAGUGUCUGGGGCUUCAUUGAUGGUGUGGUCCUCAUCACGCUUUGGAUCAAUGUUGUCACUGCUAUGUUCCGCGACGACGGCGUUUCUCGAGCGGUGGGUGCCUUCAAAGCGCUGAGGGCGCUGCGCUUGCUCAACAUCAGCGACACUGCGCGAGAGACAUUUUACUCGGUUAUCAUCGUUGGUGGAUACAAAGUCCUCGCUGCCGCGUUUGUUUCCAUGAGCUUGCUGAUUCCGUUUGCGAUUCUUGGAGUCAACCUGUUUAAUGGCAAAAUGCUAGCCUGCAACGAUGGAGAUUUCGGCUACAGCGCCUUGAGCAACUGCGUAGGGGAGUACAACUCUACUCCCUUCAAUUGGCCUGUAUUGGCUCCCAGGCAGGUUGCAAAUUCUUGGUUCGACUUCGAUGACUUCGGCAGCGCUUUGUUCAUUCUUUUCCAGAUCGUCUCUCAAGAAGGAUGGGUGAACGUGAUGUGGUCUGGCACGAGUAUCACUGGCACGGGGUUACAACCACAGCCAUUUGCGGCACAGGGUAAUGCAGUCUAUUUCAUCGUUUUCAAUCUGUUGGGUGCUGUCUUUGUCCUGACCCUGUUCAUCUCUGUGUUUAUGCGAAAUUACACAGAGCAGACAGGGGUCGCGUUUUUGACAGCAGAACAACGGUCGUGGCUAGAACUGCGGAAGCUCUUGAAGCAGAUUUCUCCCUCCAAGAGAUCUCUUGGUGAGCACACCACCAAAUGGAAGAAGCGAUGCUAUGACCUCUCGAUACAGAAACGGGGCAAGUGGCAAAGAUUCAUUACCACGAUAUUGAUCCUCCACCUGAUUCUCCUCACCAUCGACUUUUAUCCCGAGCCAGCGUGGUGGGAAACCGUGCGGGAAUAUAUUUUCCUUGCCUUCACGAUGGUGUUGAUCGCCAACAUAAUCAUCAGGAUAAUUGGGCUCUCCUGGAAAAGGUUUCGACGGAGCUCAUGGGACAUCUAUUCGGUUGUUGCGGUGUCAGGGAUCUUCGUGACGUCUCUGAUCUCGCUAUCCAAGGUCAACAGCGGAGGUUUCCAACAGCUGCGCAAGCUCUUCCUUGUCUCAGUUACCUUCCUCCUGAUCCCGCGAAACAAUCAGCUUGACCAACUAUUCAAGACUGCAGCCGCUUCGCUCCCACUGAUCGCCAAUCUGUUAGCAACAUGGUUUGUCCUGUUCCUAGUCUUCGCGAUAGCGUUGACCCAAGCUUUUGGACUCACGCGGUUUGGGCAAAACGAGAGCAACAAUGUCAACUUCCGCACCGUUCCAAAAGCCCUCAUCCUCCUGUUUCGGACCAGUAUUGGAGAAGGGUGGAAUCAGAUCAUGGAAGAUUUUGCCGGUCUUGAACCGCCCUUCUGCGUGAGGGAAGCUAGUUUCUUCAACAGCGACUGCGGCAGCUCCGGCUGGGCCAGGGCACUGUUCAUCUCCUGGAACAUUAUCAGCAUGUACAUCUUUGUGUCUCUAUUUGUCUCGAUGAUCUUCGAGAGUUUCUCGUAUGUCUAUCAGCAGAGCAGCGGUAUGUCCAUUGUGAGUCGUGAUGAGAUUCGGCGCUUCAAACAAGCUUGGGCAGAAUUCGACCCGAAUGGUACUGGUUUCAUUUCAAAGGAGCAGUUCCCGCGGCUCCUAGGGGAACUGUCCGGUAUCUGGCAGAUGCGAAUCUAUGAUGGCGACUUCACUGUGGGGGCCAUUAAAGAGGACUGCUCAGUACAACCAGGCGACCCCAUCAAACCAGCAGGAAAAAUCGUGGAUGGCAUCGAUCUCGACAAAUUGGCAGAACGUGUCAAUCAAAUUCCCGUCGUAGAAAUUCGGCAGCGACGUGCACGCAUCAACGUCUUCUAUCAAGAGGUCAUGUUGACGGCGGAUCCAGACCGCGGCAUUCCCUUUACGGCGGUUCUGUUUCUCUUGACACACUACAAUGUGAUUACAGACUCUCGAAGUCUCCGAUUAGAGGAGUUCCUUCGCCGGCGAGCCCGACUUCAAAGAGUGCAAGAGAGCAUCCGCAGAGAUACCGUGGUCGGCUUCUUCGACACGUUACAUUGGUCUCGAAAGUUUCGGAAAGCGGCCGAACGACGAAAGAGCGCACGCCUACUUGCGCCACCUGCUAUUCCUGUUCCCGAGAUCUUUAUUGAGGAUCCCGACGACAAUGUGGAAGGCAGCAGCAGCACAGAGCCCCGUGAUUUCACCGCAUCCACGCCCUCUUAUACGCCGAAGAAGCAGUCAAUUAACUUACCGCCUAUCGAUACAUCCAUGCCUCCUUCAGGUGCUCUGAGGAGCACGUCGCCGGUGGAAUUUGAGGGCUCGCCUCGGAGCAGCCCAGUACGGACGAGAUUAGGAUCAGUGGAUACGGCCUACCACGGAGCCACGAGAUCAUCUCCAACGACGCCGACGCUAGGUCACAGUCGACAUCCCAGCACCGCCAGUGGGCUAGAUGGCCAGGGCAUGAUGGAAAGCUUUGACAACUCAGCAUGGGGUGAGAGCCUGCGCCGAAGCUUUACAACAAGGAGAGCACGGAGCAACAGCACGCGCGGAUGA